AAAACGUGUCGCAUCUAGCUCAUUUGAAAUACGCACUGGUUCCAGCGAUCGGGUUGUCUAAGCCUCACGCUUAUAAAUUUGCAAAUUGCUCUUGAUUUCUCUCAUCAUUGAAUGUAAGCGCAUUUUCAGUCAUUGGCUCACUUUAUUUCGUUGUUUUCUCUUCCAAUUUUUCUCACUGUAAUAUAGUAAAAGUACCUUCGUGCCAGAGGUGAAUAUACUGGAGGCUUGAAGUCGCACGUAUUUUGGUCACAUGUUGAAGCAGAAAGAAGAUGUACUUCUCAUGGUUAAGCAUGUACGGUAUAAGAAAGUAGAUGGGACCCUGUAUGUUAACUCAGGAAGAGUGGCUUGGCGUAACCAAACAUCUGAUAGUUUUCGCAUCAGUGCGAAAUUUGAAGAUAUUAGAAUACAGCGUAUUAGUCCGGACCAAAAGGAAAAAGUCCAGCUCCAGUUAUUAAUGCAUAGUGGGGAGUCUUUCACUUUCCAGUUUUCGGAUCCUGGAGGCAGGGAGAAGCAACUUGAAAUGCGUAACAACGUGAAAGCAAUGCUACAAAACUUGCUACCCAAAUUUAAAGACAAGGUUCGUUUGGUUUCCGUCGUGUGCCUUUUUUCUAGGUCCUGGUACAAUAAUUAGUAGGUUCAAUAACCAUGAUUCCUCAAUUCCUCAUUACAUGUUACUUGGUUUACUAUAGAUCCGACAGUUUAGUUCAGAUAUAGAUUUCACCCUUUUAAACAUUGUGAAAACCAGUCUCACUUCUACGGAAGUUAUUGUGUCAGUAUUUAUCCUUGUUAAAGACUAUGAAAGGCAAAGUUCUAUAAUUGAGUCGUGGGAAUCUUUGCUGUCAGUUUAUGAUUCGUUGUAGAAUACGUUGUCAGCACUAGAAUAGUUCUAUCUAAUGUGAAGUUCAUUUAAAGUCUGGAAGUCAAGGACUUCAAAUGGUAUAGUUCGCCAUAGUACAAUUGGAGUUUGUCAAAGAAAGGAUUCACCAAAUAUAUAUAUAUAUCUUAGUUGUUUGCUUUGGGUUUGAAAUGUGUGGACAGAAUAUAGUUGGUUAAGGGAUCGAUUACCUUUGUAGUAAUUCUUUUGUUUCUAGCAUUAACUGAUUAGCAAGUAUCAGCUAACUCGUCAAGUCGGCCUAAAGUUGCUAGAUUUUUUAUUUCCCGCUGUCAGCAUUAAUAUUAAUAUCUGAAAGAACUCAUUUAAUCUUAACUGCUACUCACCAAUCAUGGUUUAAAAAAACACAACAGCUAAAAAAUAACCUGAUUACAAAUUACUGAUUGUUUGUUAGGCUAAUAAAGGUCCCUUGCAACACAUGUGAACCACCACUUAUAUCAAAUUAUCAACUACUCAUCUCAUAAGAAACACCCACCAAGUGUAUGCUGCAAACUCCACCAGUAGUCUACAAUUUCACAUGGUGAUUCUGUUUUCUAGGACAUAUUGUGGUUUAUCUAAUUUCCAGGAUCAGUGUCUGUGUGUGCUGAGCAUAUCAUGUCUAAUUGAUCUGAUAGUAAGUCUAUAACAACUUGCUUGACUAUUUUGCUGAAAUCUAUACUGAACUUCGGAAUUCUUCAAAAGUCCUAAUGCUUAUAAACAUGAGUCUCAACAUUUGAAGAAUGUUUUCCACCUAACUCCACUGGCCGUUUGAUAUACGUACAGUAGUAUAGAACAAUUCACUCCUGAGACCGGCUGAUUUGUCCAUAUAUGUGUUGGUUCUUUUUAAAACAGAUUGUUAGGGUUUGCUGUGCAACGCGUCGCUUUAGAAGUUUUUUAAUGAGAAGUUGGAGAAAUACUAACAAUAAUUUUCGCAUGGUGAACUGGACCGGGAAUCUUUAGAGUUCUACGUGAAAGCGACUCUGGUCGACAUCCCUACGUGCUCAAGCCGAAUUAAAGGAAAAAUUUCGACUCCUCGAAUCAAACCCUGAGAUUUUGGCCCUAUACAAAGAAUUAGUUGUUAGUGGUAUACUUAGCUCAGAAGAGUUUUGGGCUCGACCAGAAUUUUCUCAUAAUAACUUUAAUUCAUCCCAGUGUCUGAAUAAUUCAACAGCUAAUAACAAAGCUUCUGGAACUACUGGAACAUCAGAAGCAACUCCUAACAAUGCAAAUAUGUUAUCUCAUAAUAAUCCGUCAAAUGGUCCUACUAGUCAGAUUUCACGAAGUUUCCAGUUAGACGACCGGCCUCAAGUUAUUGGAGUCCCCAGUUGUCUUUUGAGCGAUAUCAAGCCUGAAGCAGAUGGUGCCAAUGGAAUAAAAUACAACCUUACUCACGAAACAAUCAAUGCAAUAUUCCGAGCCUACCCUACUGUACGUGAUAAACAUCGAGAAAUGGUCCCUGAUAAAUUAUCUGAAGCUGACUUCUGGAUAAAGUUUUUUCAGUCUCAUUAUUUCCACCGUCAGCAGUAAUGGAUUAUUUCUUUUGUUUAAUGAUUUAUUUACUGAAAGGCCAAUAAAACCAAUAAGGUGUAUUGUGUAACACGAGUUGUAUUUAUUAAAUUCGAUUGAUACAUUUAAAAACAGUCAGCUGUCAUCCAGUUUAAAAACUUCUAGGACGUUAGUAACUUUAUGUGAUCUAAAGACGUUCUAUAAAGUAGCUGAACAAGUUUCAUGCAUGUGGAGAACUAGUAUCCAUUUCAGCAACUAUUUCAAUUAGUACGAUAAACUUCGCCUUCCUGAAAAUAGUCAGAUUUAUCCAUGCAAUAAAUGUGUUUAUUUGUCAAUGUUUUAACGAGAUUUCGCUAUGCCUCUCGUCAUACUCAAACAUAAAUCAGAAGGAUAUUCUAAGUUGCUACUUUCAUUAGCAUCACACGAAAUGACAUAACAUAAAAAAAACGUUAAUGUAUCUGGAAUAGUACAGCUAACGCAUAAGAAUGAUCUGAGAGGCCAUAGCUGAGUACGGUUACUGCCAUUGGUUCGUUUGAAACACCAUUAAGGUGAGAUGGAAAUGUCAUUUUUACCACCUCAUUUAAUAAUUCAUCGUAUUAUCUUCCACAACUGAAGAGUAGAAUAGAAACCUAUUAAUAUAAUACACCCAUCGCUGUCUCGCCCAGGGUGUUAGUGCACUGUAAACAGUUGGAGUGUGAUUGCAGAUGACCGAAACUGCCACACAGUAUUUUUCGAUGUUAACGUCAGUUGUUGCGAGAUAUUUAUCAGCCGUGUUUUCUUUAGUCAUAUUCUCAUUGAUCAUUGUGUUUUACUAACCACUUGCUUUAGUAAACCGAAAUAAAUGUCACAGAUAAUGUAACAUUGAUGGUCGAUUGUCUUCUUGGUCUCUGUUUUUACGGCAAACUAAUUACUUCAGUAAAGAAAAUACAGAUAAAACAGCUAUUGGAGUUCUUUUCGAAGACACCCUACUUUCGGCACAUCAGUGUUCAAGCAUUAACACGGCGUUAUUCUUAAUAUUAAUAGGAUGUGAAUGACCUGUGGCAAAUCUGAGGUGUUUAUGUUUUUACUGCUCUUUGAUCAACAUUCCUGAUGGAAAAAUGUAAAACAAAUCUCACUCAACAUAGUUCAACCGGGAUACCAUUGAAAAAGCUAACCUAACAACCUUAGUUAUUUAUCUUUCUAGAUCAUCCAACAUUUGACUUUCGACUUCUGUAAACCAUGGCUCUCAAAUUAUCUGUUCUUUAUGACCAUCAUUGUAACGGCGUUCAUAAUAUCAGUUAACAAGUUGUAUUAAUGAUCGAUCGGUAAUAUUUUACUAGUACAAUCAUUGUCAUUUGGAAUUUAUGCUAUUUCUAGUGCUUUUCCUGUGGUUGUGGGAUAGUUCGUUCGCUUCUCAUUUUACGAACGUAGCUAAUUUGAUGAGGCUCACUCAUUAAUUUUCACUUUGAAAAUGCCUAAGUGUUCUGAAACCGUCUCUGAUUUGUUUCAUCUUUAUGAACAGUCAAGUUGUAGAAUAUGACUACAGUUUUUCAUUUUGUCACUUCUGUUACUAUUAUAAAUGUAGGUGCUAAUAAAUACUUCUAUUUAUUUAGUGACCGUGUUCACCUUCCGAAAAAUGAUAUAUUUGCUGAUUGCGCUGGUAUUGAUGAUAAACUUUUACUCAGUGAUAUACGGAAAUCAAGAGUCAACCGAAAUAAUGUCCAUCUUGAUUUACCUAAUCUUACCGAUUACGAUAUAGGACAAGGUUAUGGAAUCGAUCAAAUAUCUGGUUCGACAAAAAUGAAGUCAGCUGACUCAGUCUUGCAUCAGAGUGUAGAGAAUACAUUGAACGAACCUGCAAUCCCGAGCAAUUUAUCAGCAAAUCAGUUGUUACUUCGUCGUUUCAACAAUCAUUCGAUACUCGUUUUGAAAUCUCUUAGUUCAAAUGACGCAUCUUCAUCAACUAAUAAUGCAUCUCAAAAUCCGAAAGAUGUGCUUAACUCUUGUCCUUUAAAAGACCGCGUGUACGUUAAAGAGCUGGUAGAAGAUCAAAAUCCUACAGAAAUCCAGUUAGACCUAACUUGUGUAACUGACUAUCUGGAGGGUCCUACCCCUAGCAUAGCUGGUAAAGCUACAAAGUUAAUGGAUCCGUUAUCAGUUACCCGGCAAACAGAUACUUCGUUUUAUGGAUUACAACUAGAGCAGUCAGUAAAGAAAUGUAAGAAUUUGAUGGUAGCUGCUUAUCACAUGGGGAAAAAGCCAGGCGUAUCACUUUUAACUGCACUUGAAUCUCAACAAGCACUAGCAGAUGUCUCACCUGGUGGUUGUCUCAUCGGCGGUAAACUUAAUAGUGAACGCACGAAACCAUGUGACUUAACUAGUGAUCAAUCAUCCUUACGUUUGUUCGAACCAGGGAGAAACAGUCGUAUUUCGAACUCUCCGAAAGUCUCUGGUGAACACCAUGCUGGUGACGAUGUCGAUCGUGGCCCGCCACUACUCACACCAGAACAGGUUAAAGAUUUGUCACUUUUAUAUUCUAGUGCCGCUGAACUCUUAAGACACUUCUGGGCAUGUUUCCCUGUAACAACCCCACAACUAGCUGAUAAGUUAGAUCGUGUUGCUGCUAGUCUCGUUCGUUUUCGUACAACCAAGGUAACCCACUUCGCCGCUGGUGUUGAUCCAUCGUUGAGGACUAAGUCAGACACAUAUUCUUCUGAUUCAUCUGAGCAUCUACCUAACACAGGAAAUCCUGGGCCUAUUUCUUACCGUUCAAGUGUGACUAGUCACCUGGAAUCGAUGCUGGACUCCGCUCAAAAGAAGUAUUCUGAAUGGAAAACUCGGCAUACGUAAUAAUGUAGAUAUCUGUACAGAUCAAAUUUUUUAAGAAUUUUGUUUGAAAUUUUCUGUCUCCAUUCCUGGUAAUUCACUACUCUAAAUAAUUAGUUUCGUGACAUCAUGCUAAACUGUAUAUAUUUACUGUUCGGAUAUUAUUUGAAAAAUUAAUUGACAGAUUUUUCGUAACGACUUUUAGAUUCCCUUGUUUUUUGGAGGUUCUUUUUAUUAACUCUGGUAAUGUGAAUGGCGAAAAUAAGUUAAGGAUAAAGUGAUCCCAUCAAAACAAAAGAGUAAAUUUUGAGAUGGAAUCACUUCAGUUAAGUAUCUUCAUAUUAAAGUGAGAAAUAAUACCAAACUCUUACUGUUUCAGAGAUUCGCAAAUUAUGUUGGGUAAGAGUUUUUAAUGUUGUUAAGUGUACU